CAACAUCAACUCGUCCUCUGCAUCUCCAUCACUCGCCAUACCCAGGAAGGACCUGGGGUUGUCACGAUGGAGGCAUCGGCUCUGAAAGCGUGGGAGCUGGACAAUAAUGUCCAGUUAAUCGAUCCCAAACGCGACGCUCUCUACAACUACGAUGCCGCAGCUCAGAAGACCAUCGCCGAUGCCAAACCGUGGACUAAGGAUCCAAACUACUUCAAACAUGUCCGAAUCAGCGCCACCGCUCUUAUCAAGAUGACCAUGCACGCACGCUCUGGCGGUAAUCUCGAAGUCAUGGGUCUGAUGCAGGGCUACAUUGAUCAGGACACUUUUGUCGUCACCGAUGCGUUCCGCCUUCCCGUCGAAGGAACAGAGACACGAGUCAACGCCCAGGAAGAGGCAAACGAAUAUCUGGUUGAAUACCUCGACCUUUGCCGAGCGCAGGGCCGCCAGGAGAACGUGGUGGGCUGGUACCACAGCCACCCCGGCUACGGAUGCUGGCUCAGUGGUAUCGAUGUGGACACAGAGGCCAUGCAGCAGCAGUUCCAAGAUCCCUUUCUGGCUGUUGUCAUUGACCCUGACCGCACCAUCAACGCCGGCAAGGUGGAGAUUGGCGCUUUCAGAACCUACCCUGCUCACUACAAGGCGGAUCCUGUUGGCGGCACAACCGCCGAUGGCUUCCAGGCAGUACCGCUCGCCAAGGCAGCCGAGUUUGGUGCUCACUCGAGCCGCUAUUACAGCCUCGAGGUCUCACACUUCAAGAGCUCGCUUGAUGCGCAUCUCCUCGAACUUCUCUGGCACAAGUACUGGGUCCAGACCCUUAGCCAGAACCCCCUCCUCACAAACCGCGACUACGGAAACAAGCAGGUCCUGGACCUGAGCUCCAAGAUCAAGGAGGCCACGAUGGGCAUAGCACGCAAUCAGGCAGCACAGAGCAUGAUGAUGAGGAGCGGGGCGAAGAACACCGACAAGGCGGUGGAGAAGUUGGCCAAGGACGCAAACCUCAUCGCCACCAAGGAACGGUCUGGUCUGAUUGCGAGCCAGGUAAAGGCCAGCGUCUUCAACGGGCUCGGGUCAAAGGAGAACCCUACAUCGUAA